AUGGAUUGGAUAAUACCGUUGUCGCUGAUAUCUAGGGUUCUGUCGUCGAGAGAUUUGGGAGAUCGAGAAGCUCAGUUGGCUGGGCAGUGGCUUCCUCUCGGCUCCAUUGCCCUUCUCCUAGCGGUCGGGAAAGCCUAUGGAUUGUGGGACAUCAAAUGGCUCUGGGUGCUAAGCAUCAUUAUCUUCCAAAUCGGUAGCGCCAUUUGUGGAGCAGCCCCAAAUAUGAAUGCCCUCAUCAUCGGCCGUGUGAUUGCUGGCACCGGCGGUGCUGGAAUGUAUCUGGGGUGA